UCUGUCUUUCUCUCUCUCUCUCUCUGUCUCUCUGUCUCUCUCUCUGUCUCUCUCUGUCUCUCUCUCUCACUAUUGGCUUGGUGGUUGCUCAGAAGAGGCACUCCUCCCUCCUCAUAUUGGUUUCCCCUGACAUGACACAGGCGCUGUAGCUCAGUGGAUAGCUUCGAAACAGACAGGAGGGUACGUUCUAUUGUGUGUCCUGUACUUGUCUUCCUCUCCAUGAGGUGCAAGGAGGCGGGUGGCUUUUUGAGUGAGUUUUGCGUUUGACAAUUUUUUGGGGUAAAAGAGCGUUGUUUAUUCGGGGAUUCGUCUUAUUUUUCCUCUAAUUUUGAACUUCUGAUACUGGACAUUGCAGUACAUGAGGUGAGAUAUCUGUAUUGUUUUGUGAUUCUUGUCACAGUAUGCCCAUCUAGACGAAACUGCACAGCUAUCAAAAACCAUGUCUGAGGGUGUCGUCAGAAAAAUCCAACCCUUUACCAUUGGGACCAGGCUGUCUGUCCCCUCCGAAGCCAAAUGCCAGGAGUUCGUGGACGUCUAUCUGCCGAAGUCUGCUGCUCCGAACAAGUUGGAGCUACACGACCAAUUGUCCCUUUACGUGGGCCAGUCCCAGGGGUGGCCUGGGGACUCGGAACUCCCACAAGUGGCCACCCAGGUCUACGCUUCAACACCAGAGGGACAUCAGGAUGAGAGAGUGGAGGAGGACAGGAAUUCUGUGUCCCCCACUGCAUCCUCUAGAUCCAUCAGGAAGAUUGCUAUUUGCCGGAACGUCGAGACAGUCCCCGACGUGUCCGUGUGUGACUCUGACCUGGCCACCUCAGUUAGAUCCACGUCAGAGACCAUCCGAAGCAACUGCAACAGUGUUCACCCAAAACCGCCAUCCUUGAUGGUAGAGGACGACUUGGAUAAGAGGUCCAACUCUCAGUCUAAGGUGGACUCUUGGUUCAAGAGGAAGUAUUGGGAUCUGAAGUAUGGCUGUAGUGUCCUUGGAUGUCCUUUGCAGGACCCAGAGGACGCGUCACCGACCCAACAGCGAGACCUAAAGGACAUUGAGAAUUCCCUCAUACAGAUGACGAGAAGUCUGGACAUAAAACAGGAUGGACAUCAGUGCGAGAUGCUUGACGUGGAGACCGACCACAGGGGAGAGAAGAGGAAGAGACUGCAACAGAUAGAAGGCAACAAAAUCCCUUCUAGAGAGAACACCGUUAACCAAACCUGGCUGAGGUUCCAGUCACUGUUAAGAAACUAUCACCAAGACCUCAAACUGGCUCUGGACGUCUCCUCCUUCUACCAACAGGCUGACACCAUCAUCUGCACCAUCAACAGGAAGAGAAGCGUCCUGUCUGGAUCAGAUAACCAGGGGAGCUGCGGUCAGACAGAGAUCUACAAUAUUGCCAGUCAAAUCAUGAUGCUGAACGAGACUGUUUCACGCCUUUCGGACCUCCACCCUACCCUGGCUGCCAGAGUGACACGGAAGCAGGCUGAGGUGCAGGAGAGCUGGGGCCUUCUCCAGGAGGGUAGUGGGAGCGAGUGGCCAGAUUUGCCCACCACCCUUGACAUAAACUUCUCCUGCGACGAACCUGGCUCACCGAGUCAAACCAGAGAUACGGAACAUGAGGCCCAGAGGACCAUAGGAAAGGACAUCAAAGAGGAACAGAACCGUCUCAAAGGGUUCGAGAACAUGAAAGACUGUGGUGUCCCCAGGAAGCUGACUGUUUGUCAAGUUGAAGAACAGCCUUCCGAAAGCUAUGCCCGAGUCUCCUGUGACACCGCCAGCAAUCUGGAUGACUUGAUUGGAAGACGGCGUGCGGAGAGGCAAGGAAAGGACCAGACAACCCAUUUGAACACUUGUUCUCCGGAUUGCCAAUCAGAACUUGGUAUUCAGUUGCAAAAUUCUACCACAUCUGCUGAUAAGACUCUGUCAUGGCUGAAAGACAACCUUGCUAUGUCAACCCCCAGUCCAGAUGUGACUAAAAACCUGCCAGCUGAUAUUGACCAAGACAAUGUUGUUUCGAACACGAUUUGCUUAGACCUGUCCAAGGGAGAAAAGCCAGGGUCAACCCAAGGCCAGCACAAAGGUGGUGUGAAGAUGGAGGACCUCCUUGGCCAAGUGGAGACGCUAUGGGAAGUUCUGAGGAGAAGACAUCAUAGAAGCAUGAUUGAUGCAAACAGCUCUGAGAGGCUCAACUUGGAGACGGAUGACAAUCAUGAGACAGACAAGGAUCGGCUGGAAGGACGCAUGUCAGAAUACAGGGCAACCACGGACAACGUGGAAUUCUGGAGCGUCCCAGAUGUCAAGGAUCUCUCUGAGACAUUGGAGGAAAACGACAGAGGAAUGCUGACAGAGCUGCUUAGGUGUCUUGACCAGGAUGAAAACUUUGAUCGUUGUGAGGUAAAGGAACAGACCCUUACUGGACAAAUGGACGACCAGGGGUGCAUGGACCACCCUAUGGAGGAAUUGGUGGAGGUCCUGGAGGAUCUUGGUGAAGCAGUGGAGAAAAGAGGACAUUCCCUCUAUCAAAGUCAAGACACCCAAGAACGUAUGAGUCAGCAAUCAACACUGAAGCUGCGCAUCAACCAGCUCUUGUCCAGGUGUGCAGAGUUCAGCAUGGACAUUCUGGACACUGAGACAGACAUGGCGGUCAGAUGUGAGCCCUAUAGUUCUGAACUCGAGGGACUGCAGGAGCAACAGGAUGAGCUAGAGAGGGACUAUCAGGUCAUAAAAGAGGAGGUGGAGGAGAUGGAGGGACUGGCUUCGCAACUACAGGUCCUCCUACCUGAGAUGGCAGGGGCUUUGGGGGAGAACGUCCAUGCGACCCAGCAAGCUUGGCAGGAGUUGGGCUGGAGCAUGGCAGAGAACCAAUGCAACCUCCAACAAUUUCGGCAACUGCAAGACUUUCUUAGGGCCUACCUGGCCAUGAUCUCAUGGACAGAGGACACACAGACUUGCAUUGUCUCAGAAGCUUCAGCCCAGCAGUGGAGAUUGGCAGAAUCGAGUGUUCCAUCUGAGCUAGAUCUGAGGAUAGAGCAGAAGUUUGACGAGUUUGACAAGCUCGCUGCUGCUGGGCAGAAGCUUAUCAAGGAGCGACAUCACUUGGCAGAUAUUAUAAAGGAGAGGACUGAGGAACUGCAAAGCAUGCUGGGAUGGAUCCUGGUGUACUGGAGGGCACAGAAAGACCAGCUGGGUCGGGAGAGGUCAAGGGAUUCAAGAAGAAGUGAUGCCCCUCGGGGAGACGCAACCAGAUUUUCACAAGGCCAACCCCAGAAUCUAUCCUCUCUGGCAGAACACAAGUCCUCGGAAAGACUGUCCACAAAGCACAGGCUGAUGGUGGCGAGCCGGUUUGAAGGACCACAAAAAUCCCAACCGGGGAUAGGUCACCAUGGAGAAAACUUUGCCAAGCUGGUAAACGUCACACCACACGUCCCCUUGGCUGUGGCAGUAAACUCGCCCAGCAUUAUCCUUGAAGAGCCCUGUGCUACUGUCACCCCACUGGGCAGCAGCAUCAACCUCAUCCUCAGUUUUGACCAACAGCCACCAGGGGGCAGUCUGCAUCAGGGGCCAGUGGAGCCAAGGCAGGCAGUGGAACCUGUGCAUAGGGUGAGCACCUAUCUGCAAGUCACAGACGGAAGUCCUGUUUUUGAAGAGGUGGCAUCGCCUCAUAUCCCAGACACGAGCCACCUGUCAACCACCGUUUCCACAAGCUCAACCAACGCUACUUUCGUACCCCAAGUCAGUACUGUCUUGCUCCCCACCUUACCCAGAACCAGUCCCACCUCUACCUUAAACCUGAAGGGACCGAUGAAAAGGAGGAAGAAAAUUACACACAGGCACACUGUGACUGGCAUUGUCGGAAUGCCCAAGCCGGAGGGGGUUACUACCGUGCCCAUCGGUGCCACACACAGAGCCUACACCUGGCCACUGGAGGAUAAGAAGGAAUGCCGUGCCAAACAAGGGAGUCCAGUAAAUACAGAACUCCAACUGUAUAUCAAAAAUAAUUCUGUGGUGAGUGUCAUAGAUAGAAACUCUUCAGACACGUCAAGCAUUCCUACCGUUCCUACCAUCCAGGGGAAUUUCUUGCAUGGACCCAAUGAGAUGACCAUUAGGCAAGACAAGAGCCACUAUGGCGUUAUCCCUCUUGGGUCGAUGUUGAGCUUUGACCUGCCCAAGGAUUGGGGGAAAAUCUCACAGAUGGGUGCAAAAGACCUCACAACUGAGAAAGUGCCUUCUGAAGCCAAUGGGGACCAUGCCAGUCCACCUUUGAAUCUGUAUAGACCAUCGUGRUCAAACACACUCGGUCAGACUCACGUAUCGUCCAAAGUAAUUGGACAGACUUUCGCCCUCAGUCCAGAGAAGGAAAGGCAUCUUGAAGCUGAUGGGGAACAUGACAGUCCGAAUGGUUCACCUUCGAUUCCGUGUAGACCGCCAGGAUCAAAUACACUCAGUCUAACUCAGAAAGUGAUUGGGCAGAAUUUCACCCUCAGUCCAGGGGAGGAAAGUAUCUGCAAAACAGGGGACUUUGCUGGUCAAAAUGGUUCACCUUUGAAUCUAUACAAAUUGGCAGACUCAAACCCACUCAGUCAGACUCACAAAGUGAUUGGCCAUACUUUCGCCCUCAGUCCGAAAGAGGAAAUGAGCUGUGAAACAGCAAGGCAGGACUUGCAGAAGGUCAGCGCAGAGUCUGCUUCUCUUUUGGUUCAGUGUGUCUCGCUACCUGCGAAAGAUGACGCCUAUCACGACCUAAGAUGCGCCACGAGGAGUCCUGCCCUUGCUGCUGGACAUGAGAACAUUUUCUCCAGCACUGUGGGUCUCCACGAUGAGGAUAAGGUUGAGAGUUCRGUUCCAGUGGCCAUUUUGGACUCUAACAAGCAACGCACUGAACCACACUGCAGCAGCUCGAUGAUGCAUGACCACGCCCGCACUGAACCGCCACCGAACCACAAGCACAACUGUUUAAGUGUUCACACUAAGAUUCAAGACCUCAAUAACCACAUAUACUUCCCUUCGGCAAAGAGGCAAUUCACUUUCCAAAGUGCACUUCGGGUUGUAGAGAUCAAGAUCUUGUCUACUGUGUCUGAAGACUCCACGUGGACGGGUGUGCGCAGGUCUGGACGAGUCAUUGUGUGCUCUGAGGACAACUGUUGCGUGUGCUCRGACAGCUCCGCACCCAUGAUGGUAUUGGAAAAAGAAACUUCACCCAAAAGAGAACCAGAUCAUAUUCAUCCUGAUCAUUGGCAGUUUGAGGAGGAGGAAGAGGAGCUGGAGGAUAUUUGGAAUGGCACAGACCGGGAAAGAGCGCCUUGAAUUACUGUGGUCCAAAAAUAUGAGGUGGUGCCCAUGCCACGCUGAAGCACAGACCAGUGACCAACCAGCCAGAGAUUAAAGUGGCCCUAAACGUAUAGCGUCUCAGAGUAGGAGUGCUGAUCUAGGAUUAGUUUGCUUUUUUUAGAUCAUAAUGAAUAAGAUGAUAUGACAGAUCCUAGAUCAGCACUCCUACUCUGAGAUGCUUUGUGGGAUUCAGACCCAGAUCUAUGAUCAGUUUAUUCUGCCCCUUUUCCAACCUUGACUCCAAAUGGACUUUUACUUCACAUUGUCUCAGUGACAUUAGAGGACUAUCGUGUGCAAGCAGAAGUGGUGGAGAAAGUACUCAAUUGUCAUACCUUAAUAGAAAAUGACUCAAGUCAGUCACACAGUAAACUAUUACUUGAG